AUGAAUCUAUCGGCGUUUCGUGGAACAAGCCAUCUCUCAGGGCCCGAGCUCUCCUCUACGAAAUCAAAAGCAAGGUCGUUUAUAAUUGAGUUGAGAAGCUCCAAGAAGAGAUGGUUUGAGGAUGGUUCAGACUCGACAAGCUACAAAGCAACCGAAGAAGAUUCAGCUCUUGAUGAUGAAGGAACACGUCGACCCCCGGGAGUUAAGGCCGCGAAGAAAAGCAGCAAAGAAAGGCUGUCUAAGAAGACAGUGGAUGACGGGAAGGAGCUGGCUCACUUUGACACAAUGUGCACCCUCAAGAAGCAGGAUUUAGUGGUGAAAGAAAGGGUAUCGAAGAUAAAGUUACUAGACAGUCUCAUUGCUAAACAAGACCCUCUUGCGGAUUAUGAAGAAGCUUUGAAGAAGAAACUCAUUCAUGAGUUAAUGUCAAAUUAG